CUAAAUAUUUUCCUCUAUCUUCGGAGCACAAACUGAGCUUUGGUUUCGUAUUACCAUUUUCUGGUUCUGACUUGGUCGCAACAUUAUGCGAGCGUCUUUCUCUCCUACAGUUUUGGUCCUAAUCCUACAAUUAUAAAUAUCCUUUGCUUCUUCCAAACACCUUCUUCUUCUUCUUCUUCUUCUUCUUCUUCUUCUUCUUCUAUCCAUUCUCUUCUCCACACGCUUCACAACUUCUCUUCUUCUGAAUCUGCAUCUGCAUCUUCUUUCUGUUGGAUUUUUAGAUCAAGGGCUAUAAUAUCCACUAUGCAUUCUGGUGCAAGUUAGGUUUGCAUUAGAAAGAACUGAGAUUUACAUUUUUAACCCUGCAGAUUGAACUUUUUCUCUCCCUUUAAAUUGGUAUAACUUAAAUAUCCUUGAAGAAAAUGGAAGUUACAGGUGGCUAAGUCUUGGCAACGUCUAUGGCCUACUCUGGUAUCUGGGCAACGUGUGAGGGAGGAUACAACUUAGGCAGUUUAAGAAACAGUUUGCAGAAAACAAGCAAGAAGAAUCACUGUGGGAGCAGAACAACUGUUAUGGAAUUUGAAUCAGACUGGACAAAGCAUAGAAAAUCAUCUGCUCAUACUGCUCAAGUGAUUCGUUCUGCAACAUCGUUCAUGCCUUGGUCUUGUAGAAUCCCGAUUGGUGAAGGAUUUUAUGAAUUUCUUUAGUUAUAUGCUUCUCAGUAACACAUUUUCACAUUAUUUGGUUGAUAGAUCUCAAAUAAAGUUCUCUACAUCCUCAUAAUUGUUGGUUUAAAAAAUGCCUGGUUUUACUGUUGGAAAGAAGAGAUUUAUCCAGCCAAAUAUGUGUUUCACCAAUUUGAUCAAUCAAGAUAAAUCAACUCUUUCACAAAACAAUCAUUGUUUAUUCCCUGAGGCACUGAAUAAAGAUUAUAGCCCCAUUCUACCUGGGCUGCCUGAUGAUGUGGCUGAGUAUUGUCUUGCACUCGUGCCUCGUUCCAACUUCCCUGCUAUGGGUGGUGUUUGUAAGAUAUGGAGGUCGUUUAUUCAAAGCAAAGAAUUUGCUACUGUGCGAAAAUUGGCUGGGAUGCUUGAGGAAUGGCUGUAUUUCUUAACAACGGACUGUGAAGGAAAGGAAAGUUAUUGGGAGGUUAUGGAUUGUCUUGGUCAUAAAUGCCGAUCGCUUCCACCAAUGCCUGGUCCAGGAAAGGCUGGGUUCCAAGUGGUGGUUCUUAAUGGAAAGCUUCUUGUCAUGGCUGGUUAUUCAGUUAUUGAAGGAACUGCCUUUGCCUCAGCAGAGGUUUACCAAUAUGAUUCUUGCCUCAACAGCUGGAGCAGAUUGUCAGACAUGAAUGUGUCUCGUUAUGACUUCGCUUGUGCUGAAGUCAAUGGUUUGGUUUAUGCUGUGGGAGGCUAUGGGGUGAAUGGUGACAGUCUCUCCAGUGCUGAGGUGUAUGAUCCAGAUACCGACAAGUGGGCACUGAUAGAGAGCCUUCGCCGCCCAAGAUGGGGUUGUUUUGCUUGUGGAUUUGAGGGUAAGCUCUAUGUGAUGGGUGGAAGGUCAAGCUUUACUAUUGGAAACUCCAAGUUUGUUGAUAUAUAUAACCCCGAGAGACAUAGCUGGUGUGAGAUUAAGAAUGGUUGUGUUAUGGUCACUGCUCAUGCAGUAUUAGGAAAGAAGUUGUUCUGCAUAGAGUGGAAGAACCAACGGAAGCUAGCUAUAUUCAGUCCAGAGGACAAUUCAUGGAAAAUGGUACCAGUUCCAUUGACAGGAAGCUCAAGUAUUGGUUUUCGAUUUGGGAUACUAGAUGGUAAGUUGUUGCUAUUCCCUCUGGAAGCUGAAACUGCUUUUCAGACAUUGUUGUAUGAUCCAAAUGCAUCUCUGGGGUCAGAGUGGCAGACUUGUGACAUAAGGCCAUCUGGUUUGUGCUUAUGUUGUGUAACAAUCAAGGCAUGAAACCUUGUCUUGUCUGAAGACAGCAGUGAGUGUGAGUGUUCCUCACAUUAUACUAUUAUCUGAUUUUAACUAUGUUUUUGCUUGUUUGUGGCUGUUAGUUACUUGGCUCCUAGUGUUAUCAUGCAUGCCCUUUGUGUCUCAGGACUUUGAGGGAUUAAUUCCCUUGGUCUUGUAAUUAUCAACUUUGAGUAGUACUAUUUUUUUUUUUUUUUUGUUUAACUAGAGGUAUAUGAAGCUUUUUAUUCAACAUCCAAUUAGUCCUCUCUCAACGGAUCGACCCAUUUUGGAAUAAAAUAUUAUAUCUUUGGUUACGA